AUGGUGAUAAGAAUGACUGCAAUCGCUUUUGUGUCACUUCUUUUCACAGCCCUCGGGAGUCCCAUUCAUGCACGCCUCGACGAUGGCCUUGCCCGGACUCCUCAGAUGGGAUGGAACACUUACAACCAAUACAACUGCUUCCCAAACGAGUCCAUUGUGCACGAAAACGCAGAAGCUCUAGUUGCUAGUGGCCUCGCAGAUAUCGGCUAUCGAUAUGUCACGAUUGACUGCGGCUGGAGCGUUGAAGACAGAUUGCCCGACGGCACGCUAACCUGGAACGAGACGCUGUUUCCCCAGGGUUUCCCAGCCCUGGGCCGAUAUUUGCAUGAUUUGGGCUUGUUGUUCGGGGCGUAUGGCGAUUCGGGUAUCUUGCUGUGUGGGAGUCCGCCAAAUCAAACGGGAAGCCUAUACCAUGAAGAGAUCGACGCGAGGACCUUUGCGGAGUGGGAAGUUGAUUCUUUGAAGUACGAUAACUGCUACUCUGACGCGGCAACCAACUACCCAAACGUGAACUACGCCCCCUCAACGUCCCCACAUCCACGCUUUGCCAACAUGUCGCACUAUCUCCAAUCGCAGAAUCGGCCCAUUCUCUUUCAGAUCUGCGAAUGGGGCAUUGAUUUUCCGGCGCUUUGGGCGCCUGCUCUCGGCCACUCGUGGCGCAUCGGCAACGACAUCAUCCCCCACUGGCGGUCCAUCUUCCGAACGCUGAACCAGGCCGUCCCCCAAACACACUUUGCGGGACCCGGGCAAUGGCCUGAUUUAGAUAUGCUGCUUGUUGGGUUGGACGGUGUGCUGAGUGUGCCUCAGGAACAGACGCAUUUUUCCAUGUGGGCGGUACUGAAGUCGCCAUUGGUCAUCGGAGCUGCGAUUGGUGGAAUGAGAGCAGAAUCGCUGGACAUCUUGCGGAACGAGGAUGUGAUUUCAUUUAAUCAGGACGCAAGGGGAGAAAGUGCGAGGCUGAAGAGAAGGUGGUCAGACGCGGGGUAUGAGGUUUGGUCUGGACCGUUAGAAGGGGACAGAGUUGUUGCAGCGUUGAUCAAUUGGUCUGAUGAGGAGAGGGAGCUCACGCUUGAUCUCCCUGACGUUGGCAUUCAGUUUGCUGGAGAGUUGAGGAAUAUUUGGCGUGGAGAAGUGGAGAAGGAUGUGAAGACGUCGUACAGCGCCAGUGUCGAGGGACAUGGGGUUAUGCUGGUUGAGUUGAGUGAGACUCUGCCUGUAGGGGUGUAUCCGAGUGAGAUAUUCGCCACCACAAAUGGGCAAUCGACGGCGUUCUCCCCCAUCUACGCCGUCACAUCAAGCCAUGGAUACACCCUCGACAUUAUCUUCAGUCAACCAUCAACAGCGACUAACAUAUCCGUCACGACGGGCUCCAUUGGAUCUCGGGUUUCCAUCUCUGUCCCAUCCGGCGCUUCGUCAGUCUCUGCUCUGGUCCCUCUAACCGCCGGCUCAGGAAGCACGAUCACAAUCAACGGCGCUUCCCUUAUUUCCUCCAUCCAUCUGAUCCCCCCAAAGCCGACGUACUACCCAGCCGCACAGGACACUACCCUAACAGGAAACACAACCCCCUAUGCAUGCCCGGACUUAUUCUGCCUCCCAACCGGCGCAAAACUUAAAAACCUAGACGCCGACUCUACAGCAAUAUUCCACGUCACCUCCACCACCCCAGGGUCAAAAUAUCUCGAAAUCGACUACAUCAACAACGAGAUCGCCUUCGACUCCUCUUGGGGGUGGGGUUCGAAUUCUAGGAACCUGACCAUCCGAGUGAAUAACGAAAAGCCCGUAAGAUUGGAGAUUCCACUAAGUGGACAGCACAGUGAGCUUUUUGGGCCAGGGCAGGGAUGGUAUGAUUCAGGGCGGUUGGGUGUGCUUACUGAUGGGUGGAGGGUUGGUGGGAAUGAGGUUGUGUUUGGAAAUGAGGGGGGUCAAGCGGGAUUUUCGUCUUGGGCUCCGGAUCUUGUCGGGGUGGGGGUUUAUGAUUAG